CCUACGUAGUUAGUCUUCCUUCCCACUUCCCACUUUCCAGCCUUCAAAUCGAUUCCUUAAGUCGACUUUCGCUAAUUUCUCCCCCUGAGGAAUGGCAGCUGACGUCAGACCUAGACAUAAUAACAAUGUGGUUGUCGAUCCAUGCUCGUCACCACCCCUCCCCCCCAAAUGCUGCUACAAUGUGAACAAACACACCUAUUCAUUCUAGCAUCGACUGACGGAGAAUCCUUCCGACGAACAAAUCCUGCCUUCAGCACCUUGGCAAGCCACCAAAUCUUCAACCCAGGCACCGCCACUCGCCCUGCCGUGGUACUUUUCAACGUGCUCAGUUACUAUUCGAUAAGCCCGGCGGGUAUCAUAUGUCGGCUUCAGGGGCUCCCCUCUUUUAUCGUCACGGUUUUGCAUGGAUGCGACAAGCGGGCGGGCCUCAUGCACACUACAAUAAGCUCGCACAAAUUUGGAAUCGCAGCUUUCCGUUUUAUACGCAGCCAAAAAGGCAAUAGUACACGGGUACGAAUAAGUCAUGGUUCAACAAAAGUAUUUAUCGGGUGAUACGCCGUACCACAUCCUCUAAUAUCGUCAAAGAAAUAUAUACAUGAGUAGGUAACGAGCCAGCGAUCAGUGUUUUGAGAAAGGAAUAUUGUGGGGUGUCAUGUUGCUGAAAUUUCAUGCCAUGACAGAAAUCAGGUUUCAGUGAGAAAUG